CUUCUGCAACACAACGUGUUAACCGACAUUACUAUUCCAGGUGGAGCCCUGCUAAGGUCAUUUUAAGCCAGUGCUUCAUUUUCUGACGAAAUAGAUCCUCAUGGAAUAGACUAAAAGAACGAGAACAUGGUGUUUUUAACAUUGCCCUGUUGGAUCCGCUGCCGUGGACCCGACAGAUACUGGAAAGUACAAGCAAUUCUCAAACAUGCGCGGCACUUCAAGGGGAGGAAGAACCGCUGCUACAAGCUGGCUGUGCGGGCUGUCACCAGGGCGUUUGUCUACGCCACUAAAUCUCGGAAGCUUAAAAAACGUAACAUGAGGACGUUGUGGGUUACUCGAAUUGAAGCCGCAACAACAGAGCAUGGCAUGCCGUAUCCUCACUUUAUUCGCAACCUAUGUGAGUCCAGCGUUCAGCUCAACCGUCGUGUCCUCAGUGAAUUGGCCAUCACAGAACCUCGGACUUUCCAGUCGCUGACAAAAAUUGCGCAGGCUCGACGACGGGAAGGCCUCUGUGCAGCAGUGGGUGACGGAAAAGAGCCUCCUGGUGUUUUCUCACGUGUUGUGACGCUGCACUAAAUGACGUCCUACAACUGCAGAAUCCAGCUCGCGUUGAAAGAGGAACACUCUUGGAUUGUUGAUGUUGAUAAAUCUCACUUUUUUUUUUAUUUGCAUAAUUUUUUUUAUAGUUAUCCAUGAGCAAUGCACCUAAUAAAAAUCAGCUGAAUUUAUUCUAUCAAUGUUCAUCAAGUUGGCAGCAGUUUUUUCUAUCAUUGUCAGACAUCAUACAGCAUUUCUGUAGUUAUUUUUAAGUGGUCUUCCACUAAUCCCUCUUCAUUAUUUCCAGUAUCACAAUAAAGGAUGUGAGCAUUCAUUUCCAACCCAAUUUUAACUUUUUAGUUGAUGCUGUUUCAACUGAAUUUUGACAACUUUGGAAAGUUUGUUUAUUUUCUGUGUAAUUUUUUUUUUGUCUUGUGGUGAGGUUGUCCUUUUAAUUUUAAGCUCAAUAAACAUGUUGAAAUGCAGUAAAUUCUUUUGUUCUCUAAAUUUAUUUUUCAGAAACUUUGUGGGAAUAUGAUUGUUUACUUUAGAGGUACACUACCUUUCAUGUCUUUUGUUAGGUCUGAGUGUUUUUUUUUUCUGUAUGCUAUAAAAAAUGUAAGUGAA